AUGUCUGCAUAUUCUACACUGCCGCAGCCCCCUUCCCUCGGCCAACGCGUGCCUGACAGACCGCACGCCGUGUCGGUGCAUCUGCCCAAAUGGCGAGACGUGGUGGACUUUUCCGCCGGCGAGUCUCGCGUCCGGACGGUGCAAAAGGGAGGCUACCCGAGAUCCUUUCUCCACGAGGCCAUUGCCAAAGCCCACCGCGUGCUUCUGGACCGGUUUGGCAGCGACAGCCAGUCCUGUCUGCUGUUUCCGAUGCACCAGUAUGCCAUUGCUUGCAAAAACUAUCUCUGCUCUCCUCCAGAUGGCUCAAAAGGCGUCGACGAGCAACACGUCUCUAUCCAGUCCUUUAGCUUUGACGUGGUGGGCAAUGCCGGCAAGAAAAAAAUGACGCUGCAUGCUGCGUUUUUCCCUGCCGAGGACGCAAAGAAUGCCCUGAUUUUCUGGCGCCUUACUGGGUGUGGCAUUUCAUCGCGCCUGGCGCAGGACAUGCUCCCAGGAAUCGAAUCCGUCUCCGUUUCCAGCAGUGCCGCCGACACGCCCAUUCCCAGGGACGAGACGGCCGAGACUGUCAUUCAGCAGCGCAUCGCCAGCCUGCUGGAUCGUGCCCCCGUCGGCGGCCCGAGAAAGCAGCUCGUCAAGCCGGACGAUGUCCUGCUGUACCCGACCGGCAUGUCGGCCAUUUACAACUGCACCAACGCGCUGGGGGCGAGCCUGCCCGGCGCGCAAAUGGUCGUCUUUGGCUUUCCGUACGAGCUCACGCUCAAGGUGCAAGAGGACUUUGCCAAGGCCUGCACCUUCUACGGCUUCGGCACCGACGACGAGCUGGACCAGUUUGAGCACCUGCUCGUCUCCAAGACCGCCGAGGGCCACUCGCCGCCCAUCCAGGCAGUGUGGUGCGAGUGCGCCUCGAACCCGCUGCUGCGGACGGUGGACCUGGACCGCAUCCGCAGGCUCGCCGACCGGUACGGCUUCGUCGUCGUCGUCGACGACACGAUUGGCAGCUUCGCCAACGUCGACGUGCUCGGCGUCGCCGACCUCGUCGUCACCUCCUUGACCAAGACGUUCAGCGGCUACGCCGACGUCAUGGGCGGCAGCGUCGUCAUCAACCCGUGCAGCGCCCACUACCCCCGUCUGCGCGCCCUCUUCUCCGCCGCCUUCGCGCCGACGCUCUACGGCGCCGAUGCCGCGCAGCUCGAGCUUAACAGUCGGGACUACCUCGCGCGCACCGCCAUCCUCAACCAAAACGCGUCCUACCUCGUCUCGCUCCUCGAGCCCCUCACCCGGCACCACCACGACCGCAGCCCGCUCAGCCACGUUUUCCACCCGAGCACCUGCGGCUGGUCCGCCAAAAAUUACGCGGCGCGCAUGAGGCAGGCCACCGACGACCUCGUCCCGGGCUUUGGCUACCUGCUGACGCUCGAGUUUUGCAGCGUCGAGGCCGCCGCCGCCUUCUUCGACGCCCUGAACGUCUGCAAGGGCCCUUCGAUCGGCGCCCAGGUCACGCUGGCCUUACCGUACGUGCAGGUCGUCUUUGCCAAGGAGAAGCCGUGGGCCGCGCGGUACGGCCUGAGCGAGGCCAUUGUGCGCAUCUCGGUCGGCCUCGAGGACCAAAAGGCCCUGGCCAUGGCGUGCUUGGAGGCCAUGCGGGCAGCCGACGCCGUCGUCAACAGGGACGACAACCGUGACGAUGACCGUGUGACUCUCGGAAAGGACGUGCUCGCGGUUUCCGGGCUCGAAUCGGUGCCACUGGCUCGCCCUACGCCACUCGUACCGCAAAUGUAA